AUGCCAGCUGCAACCCUUGGAGAGUCGGACGCGAAGUUCCCAACCAACACUGACGACGGUAUCCCCCCGCCCGCAACAGCAGAGAACCCCGGUCAGGUGUACCCCAAAUCUGAUCCCUCACCGGCACCUCGCGGUACCGUUCCUGGAACAGCACAGAGCGAAGAGAAAGCCGCAGAGAGCGAGCGCAUGGCAAAGGCAAAACGUCUCGUGGAAGAAGUGACCGGCGAUGCAGACCCACAGAGCGUGGACAGCGGAGGCAUGUUCAAGGAGUGA